AUGGCAAGAGAUAGCAAAGAGAACAAGAGAAGAGAUAGUGAGCUUAUACUUCUCAAGAAAGAUCCAUUAACCUUUGAGGGGGCUAUGAAGUCUCAAGAUGUUGCUUUCUGGAAAGAAGCAAUAAAUGAUGAGAUGGAUUCUAUCAUGGGUAUUGGGCAUAGAAUAGGAGAUUUUGAAAAACUUAUCACACAUUUGAGGGCAAUACACAUAUCAAGGCUGGAGAAUGUAAGCGCCGCUAAGGAUGCCAGAAAGGCCAAUUUAAUAUCUAAGGAGUGGUUAAAAGGGUUAUCACUAGAAUGGGAUAACUCUCAUAGCUCGCAGAAUGACACGGUUGAUAGGGAUGUGCUGGACAUGAUGAGACCUUACAAAUUUUUGGAAAAACUCACCAUCUAUGGAUAUAGCAGUACAAAAUUUCCAAAAUGGGUGGGAGAUGCUUUUUUUGACUCUCUUUGUAAUCCAAAAGUAGUUGAUGAAUGGUUACUGGAUAAUGCCGCGUCUAAGCAUCUGACUUCAAUAACUGCUUUGAGCAUUUCUGGAGUAAAAAAACUAACGUGCAUACCCACAUGGUUUACUCAAGGGUUCAUGGAACUUAAGAAUUGGAUAAUUAAAGAAUGCGGUGAACUUGUGACAUUGUGGGAGAAUAAGUUAUCAAGUAUUGUAACAGUCUCACAUCCUUACCAGAUGCCCUACAUUCUAAAGGGAAAUAAUCUCAGGGAAUUGAAGAUGGAAGAUUGUAAUAAUCUAGUGUCUCUUUCAGAAGGAUGGUUUCACCGCUCAAGCAAUCUGAUAGAAAUUGUAAUAUGUUGGUGUAACAAAACUGGAAUUCCUGUUGCCACUUGGUGUCGGUGUGCACAACAACGAGAACAACAACAUCAACCAAUUCAGUUCUCUUGA